AUGGCGGGGAGAGGAGGGCGCUGGAGCCAGAGGGAUCAAGCCCUGCUGUGCACCGUCCUGGUGGCGGCGUGGAACGCGGCUUGGGGGCACCUGCGCUACUCGGUUCCCGAGGAGCUGCCCAAGGGCUCGUUCGUGGGCGACGUGGGCAAGGACCUGGGGCUGGAGCUGCCGGCACUCCGCGAUCGCGGCGUCCGAAUCGUCUCCAAAGGUAGGACGCAGUAUUUCGCCCUGCACGGGAAGACGGGCCAUUUGGUAACAGCUGAAAGGAUAGACAGGGAGCAGCUGUGCCGGCUAGUGGAGAAAUGUGUGCUGAGCUGCGAGGUGAUAGUGGAGGGGGAAAUGAAGCUUUACGAAAUUGAAGUGGAGAUCACGGACGUUAACGACAACGCGCCCAGCUUCAGGGAAAUGGAGCUGGAGGAGACAAUGAGUGAGAUGACAGCCCCGGGGUCGCGGUUUCCCUUGGCCAGGGCUCACGACCCUGACGCGGGCCCGAAUUCCCUGCAGCGCUACGAGCUGAGUGGCGACGACCACUUCUCGCUGGCCGUGCUGGCGGGUCCCGGCGGCGAUCAGCGUCCCGAGCUGGUGCUGGAGAAGGCGCUUGACCGGGAGGAGGCGGCGUUUCACGAGCUGGUGCUGAGGGCGAGCGAUGGUGGAGAGCCUGCGCGGACGGGCACGGCGCGGAUCCGCGUGGUUGUGCUGGACGCCAACGACAACGCGCCCGUUUUCAGCCAGGAGGAGUACAGGGUGCGUGUGCCAGAGGAUGUGCCCGUGGGCUCCGUCCUCGUCACCCUCACGGCCAUCGACGCUGAUGAAGGGCUUAACGGUCAUUUGAAAUAUUCGUUGAAAGAAAUGCAGCUGAUAUCGGACGUGUUUCAGCUGGAUUCUGAGACGGGAGAGCUCACCUUGGUGCGCAGCUUGGACUUCGAGGAAGAUGACUCCUACGAACUAGACGUGCAGGCACGGGACAGCGGGGGCCUUUUCGAUACAGCGAAAGUCGUGAUCGCUGUUACAGACGUCAACGACAACGCCCCGGAGAUUUCGGUGCGAUCGUCGCUGUGCGAGAUCUCUGAGGACGCGCCUUCGGGGACGGUGGUGGCCCUGCUACAUGUGCAGGACAGGGACUCGGGGACGAACGGCCACGUGCGGUUCUCGCUGGACGGAGGCGUCCCGUUCCGGCUCCAGAGCUCUCAGGGGAGCUACUACAGUGUGCUAACGGCGGGGGAAAUGGACCGCGAGAAGGUGUCCGAGUACAACGUGACCGUGCGGGCGGUGGACGGUGGGUCGCCGGCGAUGCAGAGCAGCACAGUGCUGGCACUACGGGUGCUGGACGUGAACGACAACGCACCCGUGUUCGCCGAGCCGCGCUAUAGCGCCCGGCUGGCAGAGAAUAACGCGGCGGGAGCGCUGCUGCUGACGGUGCGGGCAACGGACGCGGACUGGGGGCAGAACGCGCGCGUGCGGUACCGGCUUUCGGAGGGGUGGGUGCGGGGCGCGCCGCUCUCGUCGUACGUGUCGGUGCAGGCAGAGAUGGGCGCGCUGUACGCGCUGCGCUCGUUCGACUACGAGGAGGUGCGCGAGGUGCGGCUGUGGGUGUGGGCGGAGGACGGUGGCGCGCCGGCGCUGAGCAGCAACGUGUCAGUGCUGCUGGAGAUCGUGGACGAGAACGACAACGCGCCGCAGGUGCUGUACCCGCCGGCAGCGGCGCCUUCGGCGGCGGUGUCGGGCUGGUCGGGCGUGGAGCUGGCGCCGCGGUCGGCGGAACCCGGAGCGCUGGUGGCCAAGGUGGUGGCGGUGGAUGCGGACGCGGGGCAGAACGCGUGGCUGUCGUACGAGCUGGCCAAGGCGACGGAGCCGGGGCUGUUCCGCGUGGGGCUGCACAGCGGCGAGGUGCGCACGGCGCGCUUCACGCUGGCUCGCGACGCGGCUCGCCAGAGCCUGGUGGUGGUGGUGAAGGACCACGGGCGGCCGGCACUGUCGGCCACGGCCACGCUGACGGUGGUGCUGGCCGAGAGCGUGGCCGAGCUGCUCUCGGAGUUGGGCAGCGUGGCGGCGGCGCCGGGCGAGCCGGCCGCCAGCCUUACGCGCUGGCUGGUGCUGGCCGUGUCGGCCGUGUCCUGCCUCUUCCUCUCCUUCCUGCUGCUGCUGCUGGCGCUGCGCCUGCGGCACUGGCACCGCUCGCAGCUGCUGGCGGCGUCGGGCAGUGCCGCCUUGCGCGGUGUCCCGGCCUCGCAGUUUGUGGGCAUCGACGGCGUCCGCGCCUUCCUGCACUCGUACUCGCAUGAGAUGUCUCUCACCGCCGACUCGCGCAAGAGCCAUCCCCGCUUGUCCUCAGGCAGCUGCUGCGACACGCUCCCGGCCCGUCCGCCUCCUGAGGCUUCGGGUGAUCUCGUCCCUGCCGGAGAUCACAUUGACCGGAAUGAUGGCCAAGUUUGCUUUCAGUCGGAUGUCAUCACAUCUAACUUUCCCUAA